CAUAACCCUAAAAUGUAUUGUAAACAUUAAAAAUUUUGAAAUUUAUUUAUUAUUUAUUACAAGAAUGACUUCCUAUGGGAAAAUGGAAACAGAAAAAUUAAAACAAAAUGUGGAAAGUCAACUAGAUCGUUUGAUGGAACAAUUAGCCGAUUUAGAAUCCUGCAAAGAUGAUAUGGAUGCUGAAGAAUACCAAGAAACCAAAGAAGAAACCAUGGACCAAUUAAAAGAAUUGAACGAGAGCCUUUCCAAACUGGUCAGUGGAAAUAUUUCAUUGAUAAGCUCUAUCGGAGCCGUUCAACUAGCUACACAAGCUGCCAUAUCUCAGGCAUUCAAAACCCCUGAAGUUAUUCGAUUAUUUGGUAGAAAGGAGCCAAAACAGCUAAGGGAAAGGUUAAACGCUGUUGAUGAACAAGCUAAAUUGAAUAAAUUAAGUACUGAAGGAAGGGAUAGACAAAAAGUUGAAAUUCUGAUUGCUUUACGGCAACUCAAUGAACAACUGACCAGCGAAGAAUUGCAAUUUUUGGAAAAGCACAACAGUGAGUUUGGAAGUUUGAAAAAUAUUGAGUUUUUAGAACUGAAAGAUGACAAUAAUUGAAUUACUAUUUUAAUAAAGACUGUUCUGUGUUGUGAUUUAGCUUAAGCUUUCCAUUUUCAUUAUUGCAAUGUUUAUAAUUAAAUAUAUAAAUGUCCAGCUUUGUAGUAUA